CAGGCGUCGGCGCCGCAGUCCGUGCAUCCUCGUGAUACGCGUCUGCCAUAUUAAUCCGUCCCUGGUUGUUCCCGAAGGGACGUUUCGUUGAAGCUCAGCCCGUGCGACGUCCGCCCUCUGGAGAACGCUGCGGCGCUCCCCGAACGAUGCCCACCGCUACCAUUUCUACUUAAUACAAAAAACAGUACAAAUUUUUAUUUAGAGUCUUUAACCGAGAGAUCGCCACAAGACAUUAGUCAGUGCAUCAUAAGGAUCUUCGAGGACCAAGAGCUGCGACGAAGACGAUCCUGCGAGGAAAUUCCUGCGACAGAAAUUUAAAUUCACGACACGCACAUCCCGUAGAGGCUUCGGUGGAAGACGCUAAGAAGACGAGGUGAACCCCCAAUGAGUUUUCUCUCCAAGUUAUUUCGUUAAAGUGGUGGCCUAUUGAUAGUACGUAUUUUGUGACGUAACAGUGGCGAGGAUUUAUGAGUUUCUGUUCGGUGUUACGCAGGUGAAUGUUGUCGCGUCUGGAGGAGUCGGUACACCCGUCUUAAAAACCUGACGCCAAGAAGAAGCCCCGUGAAGUGAACGAAGGUUGGCUCGUUGGUGGUGCUGGGUAACUUGUCAGGUGAUAGUGGAAUAAAAGGACUUUUUUCACCGCUUACGAUUUUAUUCGUACCUCGAAGAGUGGUACCAAGAGAGUUCAAUCGCGGGUCAUCUCGCGGAGAAUCGGAUAAUUCCCAGUGAUUCGGUGUAUCUUUUUUUCUUUGGCGGAUCACAAAUUUCGGAUCAGCUGUUAAUAUUUUAUUCCGCUCUUUGAUGAGUUUUGGAGCCUAAAGACUUAUGACAUUUUAGUGAGUCGGAGUGAUCGGAGAAGUUUUGGCGUAAUGCCGAGGGAUUCUUGGAUGGUCGAAGCUUCGUGGGACGAGUCGCAUCGGUGCAGGGUACCAAAACUCAUAAAUAAGUGGUCCAAGCUGAAGAACUGCGGGGUCAACGGAACGCACGCGUCAAGGAGUCAUCUGAUUCUCGGAGGAACUUUUUGACGCUCCUUUCGCAGUGCCAAACGAGAUUCGCGGCAUCGAUGAAGCCGAGAGUUUCCUCCGGGCAUUACCAUAACGAGUCGGACGUGUCCGUGGAAGCGAAGGGGGAACAAGAUAAGCCGAUAAUUUUGACGAGUUCGGAGACUCCGUCCGGUCAGCCGGAGCCACGGUCAAUUCGUCUGGUCGAUGGUCCAAGUCCUUUAGAAGGCCGAUUGCAGCUUCUUCAUCAGGGGGAAUGGCGAUCAGUGUGUAGCAACUCGAGAAACUGGACUCGAGCGGACUUGGAGACGGCAUGCAGAGAGCUGGGUCUUCAAGGAGGUCGUUGGUGGGGCUGGGUGGAUCGGCAAUGGCCAGCACGGCCUCGACUACUCUACGAGCAACCGCAAUGUCGAGGCACCGAGUCUUCUCUGCAACGUUGCGACCAGUGGUCUAGCAGGCAACUCGGUGCAGGAGUAUGCGAUUACCAUCCGGAUAUAGGAAUUUCGUGUUCCCCUCGUCAUGACGGUGCGACGCAGGCAAUUAAACACUGGCGUGGUAUCAGGUUUGAAGGGGCGCUUUAUGAUAAGCCCUUGACGCAGGAAAACACCCUCUAUGUGCGCAGAUCCAAAUCGAUCCUUCGGCACGUCGAAAUCAAGUACGCUGGUACAGGAAGAGACUUCAAUGUUACUUCUGCCCUGCACGUCGAAGGAGUGCCGCCUCGUAUGGAGUCGUUGUCAAUUCUUCAUUCAUCUUUUACUGGACUUAAUGUCACCGUUCCCGAUGGCCCGGUAGUCAUCAAGAAUUGCACCAUCCGUAGUAAUAAAGGCUACGGAAUUUACGUGAACAGCUCGACCGGGCUAACGCAUAUUGAUAAUUGUUUGGUACUGGAUAAUGGUGCUGAUGGAAUUAAAUACGUCCAUCACGACGAGAGGCCGAACGACAAGCUUGACCGGACGGAUGUCUUCGACUUAUGUACAUUCCCCACAACUACAAGUCAGAUUUUUCCGAUCACGAUAUCUAUGGAGCAGAGCAAGUAUGCGCCAAACCCGAAACGUUGUCCCCAGCAUAUUUUCACCAGACCGGGGCAUGUCUUGACUUUGCAUUUUCUAGAAAUGACGACGGAUAGGAACGACAGUGCCCUCUUCGAGGUUUACGAUGGAAUGAGUAGUGCUGAGAAAUUGUUGGGCAGGGUGAAGGUCAGGAAUAAUACACUCCCCCAAAGUGUAACAACGACCAGGCAAAAUUUAUAUAUAAAAUUCACGGCAGAACCAAGGACCCAGAUGAUUGCUUUCAUUAGGAUAUCUUCUGGCUAUAGAAAGACGUACGACUUGAACGUCACGAGAAGUACCAUAGCCGAUAACAAUGGUCGCGGAAUUGCGGCGGAAAAAUUGCGAUCUGCACUUCACAUACAUGAUACAUCGGUGUCGAACAACAACCACGUAGGUGGUGUUCAUGUAACUGGUGGUGCUUUGGAUGUGAAUAUUACAGAAAGCCGUAUUUCCUUCAAUCGAGGAGAUGGUGUGAACGUUACUGUGACCGGAGGCAGCAGGAAUAUUUCCAGGAGCAGUAUUUCUUCCAAUUUAGGCUACGGAUUUUCCGUGUGGUUAAAUGACAGUUCUUACACGGAAUAUAUACAUUUUAAUCAGACCACCGUGGUGGAGUACUCGGAAAUAUUCAGAAACAAAGACAUCGGGGUCUUGGUGGGCAAUUCCACGGGCAAAUCAUAUGUGAACAUAACCGGAAAUUGGUUCAACAGUAGCACAGAAACAGCCGUGCAAGUUGAAUCUAGUUGGAGGUACAACGAAGGUCUUUUGAAAUUACAAGUUGGUCACAACGUAUUCGUUCAAAAUGCAAAAUUGGGCCUCAAAUUGAGUCCUGCUUUGAACAUAAAUGGAUGUAUAGAGUACAAUCAUUUCCGAGAGCACACUUACGGCGGGAUAUUAAUUAAAAAUCCAUUGUUCGAAGAGUUCAAUGUCCUUCCGACUGAUAUAGUGAUACAACACAAUGAAUUUUACGACAAUCGAGGAGUAUAUGUGGUCAGCAUUGGAUUGUCGCCGUAUAGCGAUGUUCAGAAAUUGUUAUUUACGAGGAACUUUUUACGAGACAAUCACAUCAAGGAGCCAUUUGAUAAUGGAGAUAUCCAAGGGUCCAGAUUGAUUCCAAGGUCUCGAGUAGCUGCCGCCGUGGUCGUCUCAUCCAGCAACGUUCGCGUUUUUCGAAAUAUUUUGCACAAUUUGGAGUCGCAAUACGAAAUUGGAUCGCACCUCGAGGACCAGAGUAAAGUGAUAAACUGCACUUACAACUGGUUGGGAUUUGCCGAGGAGCAGAAAAUAAUCGAGAGGUUGUUCCACAGGAAGGACCGAUACAAUCUUGCCAAGAUAGAAUAUUUACCGUAUUUGUUGCACAGCAGCAAUCCAGGAGCAAAUACCAUAAUUUCGAAUCCCACCUUCGUUCCGCAAUUUAACGUGCCAGGAACAAAUUUCGUUGGCGGAGAAGUAGACGGCUGGGAGACCUUAUCUGCUGGGGAGUACAUCGUUCAGCGGGACAUUAACAUAAGGCCAGGAGGGAAGCUAACGCUUCAACCAGGUGUAACAUUAAGAUUUCCACCUGCGGUUGGUAUGAUGGUCGCCGGAAAAUUGGACGCUCAAGGAAAGGGGCCCAGCAACAUUUUGCUGACUCUCAAGGAAGAAAUCGUACUUGAGCCAGACAACGAGACACUGAUAGAAGUGUCGAUGUUGGAUGACAUGAACUCUGUACCAGUAAGACUUCUGGGUGGAAAAACGAACCUAGAAGGAAGAUUGCAGGUGAGAAUCGGCGAGAGAUGGGGAACCGUUUGCAAUUAUGGAUGGACCAUUCGCGACGCUGCGUUGGUUUGUCAUCAGUUAGGAUUGACGUUAGAUCCGGACAACUGGUUCAUGGAAAGGUCCCAAAUCCCAAAUGCUGGAACAAACGAGGACAUUAUGCUCAGCAACGUUCAGUGCUCCGACGACGACAUUGAUGUCUCUAAAUGUCGUGCCGAGUCCCAGGGCGAGUUUGAGAAUUCGUGCACCCACGAAAAUGAUGUUGGCGUGAGGUGUUCCGAGGCAGCUUGGGCUGGACUAAGGCUGGGACCUUUGGCUCAGAGAAGCGACCUUCAAUAUGUAACUAUCGAGAGAGCUGGCCUCCUUGAUUACACGACGAAUUCCUUCAAGCCAGCAUUGCAGAUCGAUUUUGCUCGCCACUCCCUGGAGGGUGUGAAAGUGGUGAACAAUUUGCAAGACGGCCUGGGGAUCUUGUACUCCGAUAUUUAUUCCGCCGACGCGGUCAACACGGUCAGAAACAGCGAGUUCUCCAACAAUCGAGGCAGUGGCAUCAGCUUCAAGCAGCUCGGCUUGCGAAUAUUCAACGCAAGGAUCGAGAAUAACAAAGUGGCAGGUGUCAGACAUAAUCCUGCGUUCUCUGCGGUCCAGCAGAGAGAAUUUGCAGGAUGGUUCGUUAGGUCGCCUGAUAUGACUGUCGACAGUCCCUACAAUCCCAUUAUCAUACCGAACGACAGCAGAGAUAUCGAGCUCGCUGUCGGCGAGACCAAGUAUCUCGUCACUGCCAAGAUCCAGGAGAACGUAGAGAAGUUUAUAAAUAUUCGAUGUACCCCAGGAUACGUCGUAGGAAUUCAACUUUUGAAUCCGAUCCAUAAUCGGAGCACGGAGCAAAUUAUUUUACAUGAUUCCCAGCAUAUUAAUCGCAAAGGCAACGUCUGGAACGUUAAAAGAGAUCUGACCGUCUUCCCAGUUGCAUCCAGCUCUUUCGUGGUUAUAUUCGAGUAUCGCAGCGGAAAUAAUGCGCUUGGCGGUACCGUCAUGGUUCUUACUGCUCUCCCAGCGCCGAUUCAGGACGUUCGUAACAGAAUCGUUAAAGGCCCGGUUCCCACGUUAUUGAUGUCGGCCACAAAAAUUCGAAGCAACCGGAAAGGAAUAUUGGCUUCGUAUUACAAUCGUUAUUUGAACGAGCUAGGCGAUCAUUUCUUACGAAAAGCCAACGAGUCUAUAAAAUUAAUCAACUGUGAGAUUUCUCACAACGUCGAGGAAGCGAUUUACGUUCUCUCGCCGCAUUGGAACGUGUUCGAGUUGAACAUAUCCGAGAUUGCAAUUCAUGUUAACAACACCUUGAUCACUGAUAAUGGCAAAGGUAUCUUGCAAUUCAGCCGCGAUAUGCGCCAUUCGAAUAAUCUGUUUCAUUGGGUGUUACAAGAUAGCACCAUCGAAAGAAACGAAGGUGGAGGUUUCGAAGUUUCCUUGCCGUAUGUUUGGCAGUAUAAUGAAAAUUUCACGCACUCGCUGUACUUUGGCAACAAUACUUGGCAGAACAACGAUCACUUUAGCUUCUUCGUGGACGGUCAUUACGCCAUCUUCAAUAUGUCCCAUAAUCGGUUCGACAGGAACCGCUGCAAGACAGGCUUAAUUUCUAUCCGUGGUAUGGAGAAAAAAAUGAAAAUUAAUAACAAUAAAAUCGAAAAAAAUACCGGGACAUACAUGGUGGAAUUUAAGGCUGACAGUCAGUCAGAAAUUGUCGGUGACGUCGACGCGCACUUUUUUUACAACGAGAUCAAGCAGAAUAGCUACAGUCCGAUUGUUGGUAGAGGUUCCCACCAAAUAUAUAAUACCCCGACUUACGUUGUCGGAUUUCACGGCAUUCAGAAGGUGCAAGUAAAUAGGAAUCUAUUUGGAGAAAAUUCGUUGGACUACGAGUUACUUGCUGGCAUAAAAACGGCGAAGAUUAAUAACGAGGUCGACGUCUCCGAAAACUGGUGGGGCACUGACAACGACUCUAUGAUUAGGCAAAGAAUUUUUGACUUUGAUGACUGGAACGAUCACGCGGUGGCUAACUUUAGACCUUACUUGAUCAGCGACGAUUUAUAUGCCUCUAUUUCGGCAUCCUGGGAAUUACCCUCAAAAGUAGAUUUGGAUAAUCUUGGUGGACGCAUCACAGAAAGCAUUUCCUUAUAUGCCAGACCGACUCCAUAUAUUGUCCGAUCCGACAUUACCGUCAUGCCGGAAGCUACUUUACAUAUCUAUCCAGAUGUUGUUAUGGAGUUUGCUCCCAAUGUUGGAAUAUUGGUCUUGGGCACCUUAAAAGCCGUCGGGGCUUAUGGAUAUGAAAUUAUUAUGAGACCAUUAAGUCCAGAAUAUGCUUCGAGUCCAAAACCUGUCGCCAAAAGAGGCUUGGAAAUUAAUUCUCAUUUAGAAACCAUCCGACUGUGCACGGAAGGAAACUGUACUUCUUCGCGCAAUGAAGGAUUUCUGGAAUUCUUCAACCAAACGACCUUACAAUGGAUUCCGCUCUGCGAUCGGAGAUUUACGGAAAGAAAUGCACAAGUUGUGUGUCGUCAGUUAGGAUAUGACCCUUUGAAUGUUUAUGUAUCUCAUGAUCGUAGAUACGAACUGCAUCCAGGCUCGUUAACGCGCAUUUGGUCCUGGCCAGAACCUUUACAAUGUUCCGGCAACGAGGACAGACUCGAAGAUUGCCAAAUUAGACUGAAUGGUCAACUCUUUGGACACCGAUAUGAUUGCCCGUGGGAUGGAAAAUUUGUUUUCGUACACUGUGGGGAAAGAAAUUUAGACAUGUCUUACGACUACUGGGGAGGCAUUCGCAUAGCGAACAGCGAAUUUGAACAUCAUCUUUAUGAACAUCGGAUCCAUGAUGUAGUCACUCACGAAACAGUACGGCGAGUGGAAUCUGUAUUGAAAUUUAUUAACAUUACUGGGGCUGGAAUCUUACACAAUGAAAAAUCAGCAGCGAUUCAGUCGAUUAUGAAAUCACCUGUAGUCGUACAAGUUAACGUCAGUCGGAGUGCUUAUCAUGGGAUUAACGUGGUAUCACCGACACAUACGGUCGAAUUGUUGUAUAAUAACAUCAAUGAUGUGCUUGGCAAUGGAGUCAAUUUACUUUCGUUAACUGGCGAAGGUCGCGAAGCUGAAGAAAGUUCUUUUUCACCACUGAAGGACUUGAAUAUACCGUACCACUUGUUCAGUAUGGUCCACAUUUGUGAUACUUCGAAAGAAAUCGUAAUCGAAGAACGAGUGUUAGUAUAUUAUAAAUAUGAUAACAAUCCCGUUAAUUGUGUCAAGAUAUUCAGGAGUGCUUACAGAGCCAAGCCGUUUGGAUUCCGGCUGUUACAGUUUAAUUUAUUUAAUUCUACUGGGAACCCAGGUCGUGCCGAUGGCAUUACCCUCUACGAUGGUGAUAUUUAUAACGUCACGGCCAGGAAAAUAGGACACUUGGAAUUUGAUAGUCCGUAUGAAAAAAAAUUGUUUAAGACUCAGGGACCUAGUCUCAGUGUCAGGCUGUUUGCAAAUGGUGCGAGCAACGUUCAUGGAUUUAUAGCAGAAGUGGUUACCUUACCGAUUUCUGCGAUUGGAUUUAAUCGUGACGUUCAACAUAAUGUGUCGUAUUCUUCAAUAAGAAAUUGUCGGGAAGGUGCCUUAAGAUAUGCAAGUGCAGGCGAAGUUAAUGCCAUUAUUACAGUGGAACGCGAUCAAUUUACCAAUAAUUGCGAAAAGUUGUACGGAAACUUUUCCACCUGCAAGUCUGCCGUUUGGUUAGACGUACAAAAUACGCAGUCGUUGUAUUUCCGAAAUAAUUUAAUCAGAGGAAACCAAGGCGGACUUUCAAUUCGAGCCGAUUCGAGAGGAUCCGCGACUUCGUUGAAAGGAUGGAUUCACAAUAAUCUAUUCACUGAAAAUUCUAACAAGCCGGCAUUAUACGUCGAAGGACGGCAUAGCAGCCCUUAUCAAGAAGUGACUAUAUUCAGAAAUUACUUCACCAAGAACAAUGCACCUUACGAUAACAAUAUCGUUCUUAAGCAAGUAGUCAGUAACAUGACCCUGAAUUACUUGCAUGGAAAUCUGGGAAUGCACCUUCUCGAAAUUUCAGGAUUCGAAAGAGUCCGCCUUCCUAUUUAUCAGACCACAUCUCAUAACGGAUUUUAUAAAAAUUAUGCAGUUGACAGACAAGGCCGCAGCACGAUAAUUGCUGGAACACCAGGUCAACAAUACGUUGACAAUGUCUUCUUCAAUCCAGAUAAUGAUUACGAAAUAUUGACUGUCAACCGAUCCAGCGUUGUCGGCACGGAAUGGUACAAUAAUCAACUGGAAUUGUGGAGAUCCCACGUGGAUGCCCGACAUAACUGGUGGGGAUAUAAUAGAACAUUGGCCGUAGCAGGAAGAAUCCGCGAUCGAGGAGAUUCCCCGGAAUUACUGCAAGUUGAUUAUCAACCGUAUCAUAUGAAUAAUAAAUCCGUGUUAAGCGGAAAAUGCCCACCUGCGUGGGACCUCGUUGGCGACACGUGCUACAUAUUUAUAGGAGCACCUAUGGACUUUUUCAGUGCACGAGAAUUUUGUCGCUCUGCCAAUGCGUCAAUGCCCUUCAUAAUGGGCGAUUAUUUGGAGCUAUGGAAAUUUCUGCGUAAGCAGCAGCAACGUUUUGACUACUCGGAGCGUGUUUGGGUACAACAACUCGAACGUGUAGAUCAAUGCACCAUGUUUACAUAUCAGACCAUCGAGGUCGAUUAUUGCGAUCAGCCGAAUCCUUUCAUCUGCGAGAUUGAUCCUCGAGUCCACAUAGAUCCAUUGUCCUGGCGAAAAGACAUCGUCGCUGUCGGGGUAUUAGGGGCCAUCGGUGUGGCCUUGGCUCUUUUAGCAGCAGCAAUCGGUUUAUGGGUUUCCAAAUCUAAGAGAAGAAGAUUAGAACGAUUAGAAAGAAGAAACUCUAUUCGGCAAUCCUUGCACUCCCUGCGAUCAGUGGGGUCGACUUCCGGCUUCACGGAAUUAGCUUACCGAAGGAAACCUAUCCCGACCAAACAGUCCACCGACACCCUGAAUUCGAAGUCCUUGGACUACAAGAAGAUGAUGAACGGAGGUAGCUUGGACUCCAUGGACAAGUCUCAGCUGAACUCGUCCAUGGAGGACAACCAGAGCUACGACGUCUACGAGGCCCACAAUCCUCGUUACUCCCCCAGCACGAGUGACUUCAAGACCUCCGAUCAUCGCUACCCAAGUAGUCAGCCAGAUAGUCAGCCCUACGAUUUAGCUUACCGAAACGAGGGUUUCAGAAACCACUCGACCUUCACCUCAAGAAACAACAGCAACUGGCCCUCGGAGGCUAACAGCGAAGUGGCCCCUGAAGACAGUCCCAAGGACCCGAUGAACGAAGCUUACCUUCACAACGCCUCCACCUUGCCCCUGAACUCCAGCUUAGCCUUGACCGACUCUAUAACGGAGUUGAAACGGGACAUUGAAGUGACACCUACGUACCCGCCCAUGGAGUACGAUGGAUACGACGCUACAUUACUCACUCCGGGAUCUGAACCUGUACCCGAGUACUUCAGUCCUCCGCUUCCUCAUCCUUAUUACUACGAAGAGAGGCCGAGGAGCGAAGCUCUCCUGGAGACCAACCUGGACACCGCCGAAGAAAAGCCUCUUAGGUCGAAAAGCGAAGCUCUCCUCGAGACGAACUUCGAUGUGUUCUUGCCUAACGAACCCACAGAGCUCACUCAGCUUUCAGCCACGGCGAGGAGUAAGAGCCAGCCCUUGGAAACUGCCAUGUAAAAUCUCGAUCUUGAAUUCUUUUUGUUAAGAAUUUUCGUUUGUAAAUGUCGUUUAGAAUCCUGACUAGAGAUUUACCACCAAGAGAAGGUGGUUCCAAAGCUUGAUAAUAGUGGCACCGUCGUGAGGCAUACAUCUAAUGUCUCUGUCCUUUGAUUAUUUUUCUUGACUUACCGUGACAAUCGAACGGUCCAUUUCUAGAUCAUCGUGAUCGUAGCUCAGUUUUCACGUAUUAUAUUUUUCAAGCUCAUAUUUUUUUUUCCCUCGUUUAGUUAGUAGUUCGUUAUACCACCGAUCUCACCAUCUGUACAUAAUCUUGUUCCCCCUAUUCCACGACUGUGACGGUCCUAUGCCUUAAUGUAAAUUGGACAAGCACGUCUGCGCAAAAUGUGAAUGUAAUUGAGGAAAGGAGAGCAAGAUGACUUAUGCCUCCUUGUAUGGAAUAUUUUGUUAAGAGAUUUUGAUAUAUCAUGGAAUCAGGCAUAUCGAGUGUUAGUAUGUAUGUAUAAUUCACACGAUCGAGGUCAACUCGAGAUAACUUCGAAUGGGGAACGAGUUUCUAGCAACUCCCGACAAUUUAACUGCAAUUACAAUGUUACUCUAUGCGGCAGUUACACAUCGAUGCAUUGCUUUCACAAAACUCAUACGAUCUCACCUAAGGUUCAUAUUCCUGUGACUUUGUGCCUGGAAUAUGGACCUUAGAGCAAACUACGACGAGUCGACAAGCCCCUCAACCGUUCACGUGUAUUUAUUAUUAAUUAUUAAAUGGUAUGCGUUGUCCCAUAAAAAUGGAGACCGAGGGAAGAGAGAGGCACGCGCGCGGUGGUACGUUUUACAAUUGUUUCGCACUCGCGCGAACACUUUGCGAUUAGACUUCAGCCCAUUAGUUGUAAGUGCAGCAAUAGAGAUUCUCGGAAGUGUCCGCUAAUUUACCUGAAACGUCGCAUAAGAGAUUCCUUUUUAUAUAAAUAUGUAAGAUGUAUAUAUAUAUAUACACACAGUAGACGUAGGAGUAAGAAGUACCGUUUACUUUUUUUUUUAACGGGGACUCCCUUUCUUCACUCAUUAGUCGCAUCAUUAUAAACACCGAUAUUUGUGCAUGUAUUUCCGAGCGUUUUUUAUCGCUACUCCGUAUUAAUGAUAAGAUAUUGCAAGAGGAUUCAUAAGACACAGGAAGCCCAUCGAAACGUUCGUCGUUUAAGAAGUAAUUACACCCGCAGUAGGAAUAAGAGUUGCUUUCGUUGCGUCGUCUGGUGUGGCCGGGCAUCUGUAAAUAGUUUAUAAAAUUAGAUUAUAGAAUUAUCAUUUCAUGAAGAAUUCACGCCCUGAAGGAUUUGUUCGGCGUGUCGGAUGCGCCAUUCGGGGCUAAAUUAAUGUUCCUCAUUUGCGUUCUCCAUCUCGGUACAGUUUACGUGCACGUGAGUAAUCAGACUGAAUAAUUAUAUCAAAUAGUUGAUCGUUCGAGUACAUGCUGUGAGUACUCAGCCGAUGCGUUGCUUUUUCGCUUACGUGGAUUUAUUCUGUACGGACUAAUUACAAAUUAAGCUGCGGCAGCAAUGUAACCAUUUUUAUGUCGUUGAAGGCUGCUAUGGCAACAUAAGAUAAUUGUUAUAUCCCGGGUGAUAAGAUCUGUAUACAUAUAAUGAAAUCGCCCAAUAUCUAUAAGUGAACGUACAGAAUACUUAUGUGUAUAUUUGUUUCACGUAGAAAUGAAACACAUACUAUACACAUGAAGUUUUAGUCUGCACGUUCUCUGUAAUACGAGAUCUUCUUUUCACCCGGUAUUGUCGCUGCAGUUAAGUUUGCCAUGACUUUAAAAAAAGGAACUUGAUUGUACAUUCGAAGUGACCCUGUAAUUUAUUUGAACAAACCGUAAGGGCACAUCCGGCAAAUUGAAUGGCGUUCCUUCCGGGUGUUUCAUUCUCUUUCGCUUACUUUAUAUAUAUAUACAAAUUUAUAUGUAAUCACUGCCAACGAUUUAUCAUCUACUGCCACUGUAGAUAGGAUCGUCAUCAUCGUCGUCGUCGUCUACAUUGUUUAAAUUGUGAUAUUACUCGCACUAUGCGAGUAUAAUUCUACGGUAGAGUGUCUUAAUGAUAAUGAUAAUUGAAGGAGGAUCAUCCACGGUGUACGAGUUGUAGAGUCUUAGAGUUAAAGAUUCAGUAGAUGUAACACCGCUUUUCUUGCGAAAGAAAAGGGCGCAUUAUGUUGUAAUAUAUAAAUUUUGACUUUGCAUAAA